UGCAUGAAUCUAUUAACGAAGUAAAUCUACGACAAUUCAUGCCACAAUAUAGAACAAUCAAAUCAAACUAAUGUCAUUUGAGGCGUCAAUGAAAACAGUGCAUUCAACAUUGCUAUUGUCUUUUCACCAGUCGCUGGACUGAUUAGCAUAUCUGAUAUCUGACUGGCUUUUUUUGUAAGAAGAAUACGAUUAUAUUGCGUCGUAGAUAUUAAACAAAUGAGUUCUGGAUAUAGGUAAUACUUAUUACAGCUACACACGCCAUCUGGUCUACAAGAAUAAUACGUUUUUAUUUCCAGUGUUUACAUUCCUACCUCGUGUAGGCAACAAAAUAUUCGGACAUUGGAAUUCGUAUAACGUCUUCAAGAUCAGGGCGAUUCAAUCUAACGCUUUGUCAGUCAAAAUAGGCCUAGCCCAGCACAAUAAGCGAUCAGUAGACUCGAGAACCUCUUGUGAUGAGUCCUACCGUAGCUGUUGGUAUUGAUCUCGGCACAACGUAUUCCUGUGUUGCUGUAUUACAAAACGGCAGAGUAGAAGUCAUCCCAAAUGAACUUGGUUACAGAGUAACACCGAGCUAUGUUGCCUUUACUGACACUGAACGCCUAGUUGGAAAUGCAGCGAAGAAUCAGGCUGCAAUGAACCCCAAAAAUACCAUUUUUGACGUUAAAAGAAUUAUUGGUCGAAAAUUUAUGGAUGAGACAGUCCAAAAAGACAUUCGCUUUUGGCCAUUUAAAGUUCAGAAUGUUAAUAACCAUAUUAAAAUAAAAGUGGAAUACAAAGGUCGCACUAAAUCAUUUACCCCUGAAGAAAUCAGCUCCAUGGUCCUAAUGAAAAUGAAGGAAACAGCUGAGACAUAUUUAAAUCAAAAAGUUAAAGAUGUUGUUAUAACAGUUCCAGCUUAUUUUAAUGAGUUGCAGAAACAAGCGACUAAAGAUGCAGGAACAAUAGCUGGUCUUAACGUAUUAAGAAUUAUAAAUGAACCAACUGCUGCAGCAUUGGCUUAUGGUCUGGACAAAGGAACUCAAAUAAAGAAAAAUAUUUUGGUCUUUGACUUUGGAGGCGGUACAUUGGACGUAUCAAUUGUAGCUAUUUCUGAAGGAUCAGAAUAUGAAGUCAAAGCGACCGCUGGUGACACACAUUUAGGAGGGGCAGAUUUGGAUAACAAAAUAGCUGCUCACUUUGUAGGGGAAUUCAAAAGAGAGUAUUCAGAAGAUAUAAGUGAAAGUCCUAGAGCUCUAAGACGAAUGUUGACAGCUUGCGAGCAAGCCAAGAUUAUACUUUCCUGCAGGAAUGAGACCUGCAUAAAUGUUGAAGCCUUAUUCGAAGGUAUUGAUUUCUCUACUAAAUUUACAAGAGCUAGAUUUGAAGUAGUGUGCGCAGACCUACUAUCCUCCAUACUUAACCCAGUUGAACGGGCUCUAGCCGAUGCGAAAUUGGAUAAAAGUGAAAUCGAUGAAGUAGUUCUUGCUGGAGGUUCUACUCGUAUACCUAAAGUACAAAAUCUGCUAAGUGAGUUUUUCGAUGGAAAACAGUUAAAUAAGUCCAUCAACCCGGAUGAAGCAAUAGCUUAUGGAGCUGCUCUACAGGCUGCAAAGUUAACAGGAAACAUGGACAAUUUGGUGAAAGAUAUCAUUUUGAAAGACAUUACACCUCUUUCCUUAGGUAUUGAGGUUCAGGGGAAAUUAAUGUCUGAAAUUGUUAAAAGAGGCACUACCAUACCAACCAAAUUAACAAAAACAUUUACUACAGUUGAAGACUAUCAAACAAGUAUGGUUGUUAAAGUUUAUGAGGGAGAACGUCCUAUGAUCAAAGACAAUAUUCUUUUAGGAUCCUACAGGUUUACCGGAAUUCUGCCAGCUCUUCGAGGUGUUGCUGAGUUGAAUAUAACUUUUGAUAUAAACGACGAUGGAAUCUUGAAUGUCAUUAUGGAAGACCCAAGUACUCGUCAGUCUAAUAAAUUAUUAAUAAAAGAUGAAAUUAGUCGACUUAGCAAGGAAGAAAUCGAAAGAAUGCUGGCAGAAGCAGAGCUAUUCAAAGAGGAAGAUGAGAAAAAUAAAAAACUGGCUGAAAUCAGAAAUAAAUUGGAACAUUUUACUUAUGAUGUUAAGCGAGCCGUUGGCGCAGCCGGCGAUAAACUGUCAGAAUUAGACCAGAAAAGCGUUUUAGAAGCUUGCGACAAUGCUAUUUUAUGGUUAGAACGCAAUACGCUUGCAGACAUUGAAGAAAUUCAAUUUGAAUUAUCAGAACUUCAAAUAAUCAGCUCUUCGAAAAUGGCUAAUUUGUACAAUCAAGGACAAUAUGAAUAGGACAAUAUGAAUAGACACUUAUAAAAUUUAAAAAUAUUAAUUAAAAAUUAAAUGUUUUAUUUUCUAAAAAUGGCCACUUUUUACUGCAUAAUAACAGACAUGGAAGCAAUGUGAUCUUUUCUAAAAAUAUUUUAAAUAAAUAUAGAUCUGUAAGAAAUCAUUCUCUUUUACUUGUCAAUACAUUUGAAAAUGAUGAUGUCAUAAUGCUUGUACUUGUACUUGUCUUUGGAUUAGAGGAAAGUUCGAAAAAAUUGAUCAAAUCAUUCACUUUUGUCCAUUGUCUUUUCUAUUGGUUAAAAUCUCUUUCUACUAUCGUAUCGACUGUAUUGUAUCUAAAAUAUCUAUAUUUCUUAAUAGUGAAUGCUGAUGAAUAUCUAAUGAUGUUGAAGGAUUUUAAAAGGACAGCUUUCUGACAGGAUUAAAUGUUCAGGGAUUCGCUGAUUUUUCAAGGCAGUUUUCCACACUCUCUUGACUAUUAUUGAAGUACAUUAUUGUUUAUUUUUUUAAUGACAUAACUACCAAAUAAAGUAGAUUUUUAAAAGGCAUGGUUGCUUGGCUUCCGAACCAGGGGUCCGAGCUUCGAAUCCUGGAGAGGACACGUAUUUUUAAUUUCGAGAUCCUUAGGACGCCUCUAAGUCCACUCAGCUCUUGUGGGUACCUGACAGUAGUUAGGGAAAGGUAAGGGACUUGGUUAUUAUGCUGGCCACAUGACACCCUCGUUAACCGUUUUCAACGGAAACUAAUAAUCUGUGCCAUAGAUUGCAAGGUCUUUUUUGUUGUUGUUGUUGUUGUUGUUUACGUUAUGAUGUUAUUGAUAUAUAAAACUAAUUUAUCAAUAUUUUCAUAUUAUUGUUUUAAAAAAAAAUCUACUUUUGCUUCUAAUAAAGAUUUUAGAAAAUAAA